GCGCGAUGUCGGCCAGCGCCGCCGCAGCCCCCAGCCGGUGCAGCCGGAGGGCUCGGAGCAUGUCGGUGGAUGAGAACCCGUUCGGGGAAAGCCGGAGCCUGCAGCAGUCAUGCAGCUCCGUCGUGAUCCUUCAGGAUAUGCAGACUGCCCCAAAAGCCUCGCCUGCCAGCAAGCACAAGCCCGAGACAAUACGGCUCAUCACCAAGGACUUCAUCCGUGAUGUUGUUGUCCCUGUAGAGAACCCACCAGCAUUCCUCAUCAUCGGCCAAGAGGAUUUCCAGCGCAUCCAAGAAGCAGCUCGAGUCCUGACCAAGGAGGAACGUGAGGCCAAGCUGGCAGCCCUCAAAGCAGAGAAAAGAGCUGCUCUUGAGGCUGCAAGUGAGCGCAAGAGCGUGGCAAAGCAAAAGGCCGACCUGCAAAAGGCAAAGCUGAGCGACCUGGAGGAGGAGGCACGGGAGCGGGCCCAGAACCUGCUGCAGCGGGCGAACAGAAUGCGCAUGGAGCAGGAAGACGAGAUCAAGGAGUUCAGCCAGCUGAUCCUUGGUACCAAGUGCCACCUGAUCCGUGACACGCAGAUCCUGGAGAAGCAGCUCAUUGCAAAAGAGCUGGAAGAAGAAGAGAAGCGCCUGGACAAGAUGAUGGAGGUGGAGAGGAACAAAGCCAAUGAGAUGCAGGAGGAACUGGAGCACAGAAGGAAGCAGGAGCUGAUUAGAGGGAGGCAGGAGCUUGUGAAGCAGAUUGAGAAGAACGCAGAGGAGCGGGCUAUGAGAGCCGAGCAACAACACCAGGAAGCUCAGAAGAUGCUGGAGUACUUGGAGCAGCUGAAGAUGGAGGACCUGAAGGAGUUGGAGCGGAAACAGGAGCAACAGAGGAAAAUCCAGGCUGAGAUUAAAUUUGUCAACGAUGAGAACCAGAAGCACAAGGAGGAGCAGCGGGAGCAGGAGAGGAUGGCAGAUGAACGGGUGCUUGAGUACCAGAGGCAGAAAAUGGAGCGCGAGGCCAAGCUUGAAGCUGAGCAGCAGAGAAUCCGUAAGGAGAAGGAGAUGGAGAUGGCGCGCUUGAGGGCCAUGCAAGAGAAGGCUCAGGACCAGCAGGCAGAGCAGGACGCGCUGAGGGCCAAGCGCAGCCAAGAAGCUGCUGAGCGCGAGUGGCGGCGCAAGGAGAAGGAAGCAGCGCGGCAGAGGGCGGAGGCAGAGGAGAAGCUGAAGCGGAGCCGCCUGGAGCAGAUCGCCCAUCGGGAGCACCUCAUGGCUGUGCAGGUGCAGCAGGACCGCCAUGAGUUCGAGAGGAUCCUCAGGGCCCAGCAGGAACAGAUUGAGAAGGAGAAGGCAGAGGCAGCGCGGAGGGCACGUCUGCAGCUUGCCCACGCGGACGAUGUCCGGCGCCAGGUGCGGGAGAGGCAGCAGCAGCUGGUGCAGGAGCGGGUGGUCGCCUUCGAGGAGAGCCGGCGGCUGCAGGAGGAGGCUCGCCAGCGCAGCCAGCGCAUUGCCCAGCUCAAGCAACAGAAGCUGCAGGAGCUCAGAGCCGCCGGCAUCCCUGAGAAGUACUGUGCCCAGGUGGAGAGGAGGGUCCGGAGUCAAGUGAAAUCAGCCUCUGGCGAAGCUCAGCACCAUCAGGAGCUGAGCUCCGGUUCCCCAGCAACUUAGGGGGUUCCAUUUUCUUAGGCUGAGUUUUCUAUGAACAGAGAUGCUAAACAGAGCAGACAGCAUCUUUCAUCCUUUUCUCAUGAUGGUUUUGUGGGCUGGGAGCUGCCCUUAGGGCUGGAGUAGCCCAAAGGUCCUUGUCCAACCUGCCGCACUCCCAGGACAGAUAUUUCCCCUUUCCCAUCUCCCAACAUCCACUGAGAGAGCUGUCAAGGUGCCCCAUGUCCUUGGAGGGGCCAGGAGUGUCUCCAGACCCUUGGCACGGCUCAGUUGUCACCAGUGAAGGGGUUUGGAGCAAGGUGAGUGAUCCCAGCCCAUAGGGGGUGGCCCAGGUGGGCUCCCCAUGAGCCUGACAGGCUCUUCUCCAUUAAUACAGCCCUGGCCCUGGCUGCCCACAGCUCCAUCAGCUCUGGCAGUGCCUCCUUCUCGCCAAGGUGUCACCUCCAGGCCCUGAGGCAGUGGCUGACUUCUUCAUGGUCAAAGCAAAGAAACCAGAGCAUGAUGCAAACAUUUAAAAUCUAUUCAGACAGGGACUGGCAGCUUCAGAGGGCCAGAAUCCUGUAGGAGUGGCUCUGAUUAAUUGUCAGAGCAGCUGAAAAAUAUGGAGAGCCGGCAAAGGUGCGACUGCCCAGGGCAGGGGGAAUGGCUUGGCGGACUCUGCCCUGAGCCUCCUCCACACUGAGAGAAUAGGGAGGAUGAAACGCCACAGGCUCUUGUUCGCUCUUCACUGUCUCCUGUCCAGCUGCUGGGUCCCCAUGUCAUGAUGGAGAGACAGGCACCCCCAUGUCGUGACAGGGAGCCAGAUGCUGUGGGGCUGCACCAUCCCUUUUUGGGCAGGGGCUGCGAGGUACCUGUCACCCAACCACAUGCAAGCCCUUCGUGAGCUCCUCAGAUCCCCAAGGGUCUCGGCACCGGCGCCCAGCCCAGGAAGCACCUUUGCUGCCCAGCACCAGGCUUGGCUGCCAUCACUGCCACCCCUGGUCCCAGCAGCCACAUGCUGGCUGUGUUACACUCAGUCACUGCCUUGGCCAGGCAGUCACAGCCUUGUCCUAGGCCAGGCUCAGCCUGGAGGGUUCAGAGCCACCACGUCAAGUGGCCAUGACCACGGGUGGGCAGUCGGCAGCCAGCCAGGGUGGAGCGGCUUCCCCACCCUUCCUGCACAGGGCUCCCGUGCCGAGAAACGCAGGAGUCAUUGAGUCACGGCCAGGGAGACAGCGCCUUGUGGCCGGGAGCCCCAACCCAUGCUGAGCCACGG